UUAUCUUUCUCUCUCUUCUCUCUUUAAAUGAACAUGAUUAGUUUGAUUUACUCUCUCUUCACCCCACACUCAAACAUAAUAAUAUUUUACAUUUCUUUGAAAACGUUUAAAUGACACAAACUAUUAUAACUCAGGUAAUAUUUCACGCUAUAUAGAGACAGUGACCACUUCAUACUUCACACUAUUCUUCUUCUUCUUCUCUUCCAAAAAAAAAAACUUCUUGCACAAUUUCAAACCAAAUGGGUCGCCAUUCGUGUUGCUUAAAGCAAAAAUUAAGAAAAGGCUUAUGGUCUCCGGAAGAGGAUGAGAAACUUUUUAAUCACAUAACUAGAUUCGGCGUUGGUUGCUGGAGUUCUGUUCCUAAACAAGCAGGACUUCAAAGAUGUGGAAAAAGUUGUAGAUUGAGAUGGAUAAACUAUUUGAGGCCGGAUUUAAAGCGAGGAAUGUUCUCACAACAAGAAGAGGAUCUUAUAAUCAGUCUUCAUGAGCUUCUUGGAAAUAGGUGGGCUCAAAUUGCAGCACAAUUACCGGGGAGAACAGAUAAUGAAAUAAAAAAUUUCUGGAAUUCAUGUUUAAAGAAGAAGCUUCUAAAGCAAGGGAUUGAUCCAACAACACACAAGCCUCUAAUAGAACCAUAUAUUAAGGAAGAGAACAAAACAACGGAAACAACAACAACAACAAUAACUCCGAUGCAAAUUCCAUCGGUUACAUCACAAGGUUCAUCGUUUCUAAUAUCUGAUUCGAAUUACUAUGAUAGUAAUGGCCUAACCGAAGCUUCUAGAGAUAUUUUUACUAGCAAAUCAGCAUUGGAUCCUUUGUUCUGCUAUGAUUUCCAAUCUGGUUAUACCUUACCGAUGAGUAAUUAUCAGAGUCAAACUCAAUUUGGUAUUAAUUCAAGCUAUGGAUUUUCUUCAAUGCCGAGUCUAACCAAUUCGGAUCACGCGAUUGAGUUUUCAGACAACAAUUCACCUUCAAAAAUCAGUUCAUUGUUCAUGAAUGAUCAAGUCAAGGAAAGUAACUCAAGCAAUAGCUCAAAUAUGAGCACUAUUUAUCCUUCUCAGAUGAGAAACACUAUCAUCGAAAAUAAUAAUAAUGCAGGAUUUUCAUGGGAUGGAGAUAACAAAUUGGACCCUUUGUUUCAGUUUCAAGCCAAUGCUAUAAAAUCUGAAGAUUUCGGAACUAGUUCUUGGGAAGAAGGACAAAUCCAAACUCACAAUUCAAUAGAUUUCAAUAGCUAUCCUUUAUCAUCACUUUCAGAAGAUUUAACAGAAGCAAAUUUUGAUGUGUUCCAUCAUAUAUGAAUUGUAAAUUAUUUUUCUCUAUUUUUUUUUUUUUACAUAUUUUUUGAACUAUAUAUAUUUCUAUUGUUCAAAGUAGAAAAUAUAGAAAGGUGUUGAUAGUACAGAAGAUUUGUAGAUUAAGAUUUGAGAUUGAGAUUUUCUUUCUUUUUUUCUUGUUUUCCCAAUUGAUGUAUCUGUUUUCAUAAGCCAAAGUUUGAAUAACAGUAUAUUCUUUAAGAUUAAUUAUUGAAGCUAAUUAUGUUUUGUAUUGUUCAA